GCUGGGUGGGUGUGUGACGAGAUGACACUAGUGUAACGCGGAAGUUCGUUGAAAGUUGUCGUGCAGUUCGUGUACAGUAGACUUUCCACAACAUUCGGUGUUGAAGUUCCUUUUUCCCCGGGAAUUGUAAGUGCGGAAACAUUAGGACAACAAACUACAUGCACGCUCUUCACGGGGCAGCAAGAGCGCGCAGCCGCUUGGAGCAGCUCACAGAAUAACGAAAUCGUUGGGGAGAGUCCCUGUAAUCCUAGAUUCAGAUCAAUCAGGCAAGAAGAAAACAUCAUCCAGAUUGGCCAGUCGUGUGAGAAACUCGUCAUCAUGCGGUCAGACAAGUGAAAAUUAUGCUGAAGCACCAUGGUAACAAAAAGGCAGGCCCUCAGAGCUGUUGUACUUUGUCUGGUGCUUGUUGCUGCUGUCAAACUUCUGCUUUCGGAAUACAGAACUGAAAGGAAACAGAAGUUGGCCACCAUGGAUCCUGGCUCAUUUUGGCACCAGGGGCCAAAGGUGAAGGAGGCUGUUACUGUACACAAGUCAGAGGAUAUAAACUCUUUGUUUAACUUGGCCCAGAAACCAGAGGUUCCAGAGCCUCCAGUAAAAAAAGAAGCAGGCACAGCACCUCUGGAAACCAGCAAAGGCCCUGCAAGAAUAGUGCACCUGGAUCUGAAAGGUGCUGCACCCAAAGUCAAAUACAUGAAGCAGAUCUUCCCGCUCUUCUCCUCUCUGGGUGCUGAUGGUGUUCUGCUAGAGUACGAGGACAUGUUUCCCUAUCAUGGAAACCUAACGAUUCUCAGGUCACCGUAUGCCUACAGUAUGGAAGAUAUAGAGGAGAUAAAGAGCCUAGCCAAACUCAACAAGCUGGAACUGAUUCCUUUAGUGCAAGUGUUUGGACACCUCGAGUUUGUGUUGAAGCAUGAGAGGUAUUUCCACCUGCGGGAGGUGAGGGCUUUCCCUAACAGUCUGAACCCCCACCAUCCUGGCUCUGUGGCUCUGGUCAAGGACAUGGUCUCCCAGGUCAUGGACUGUCACCCUGACGCACGCUGGUUCCACAUGGGGGCUGAUGAGGUGAUGGGUCUGGGAGAGAGCCAGGACUCUAAAAACUGGUUACAUAGCAAUAAGGGGGAUGUUGGAAAAAUGUUCCUGAACCAUGCAGUGUCAUUGGCCCGUUUCAUCACAGAGAGAAGGUCAGGGGUCAGAGUGAUUCUGUGGGAUGACAUGUUGAGGAAGAUCAGCCCUGCCACUAUUAAAGAGUCAGGCCUGCAAGAUCUUGCUUCCCCAACAAUAUGGAACUAUUUGAAGAAAAUGGAUACAGAUGGUAUAGGAACAUUGAUAUCUAGAUACCAUGAGGCCGGUUUCAAGGGUAUAUGGUUCGCCAGUGCAUUUAAAGGGGGCACAGGUAUUGACCAGCGAUGGACCCCUCUUGACUAUCAGCUACAGAACCAUCUGUCCUGGAUAAAGGUCAUGAACUCUAUGACCAAAUACCCCUCCAUAACCCUCCAUGGCAUCCUGCUAACAGGAUGGCAGAGGUUUGAGCACCAUACCGUGUUGUGUGAACUCCUCCCAGUUGGCAUUCCCUCCCUGGCUAUGUGUCUACAGAGCUUAAAGCAUGGUGCAUUUGAUGAAAAUGCAAAGAUGGAGGCUCACCACAUACUGGGCUGCAACAUCAAGGUGGAGAAAGAUAUCUGUGAGGGGAGUGGAGCCUUCUCAGGCUCUCAGAUCUACCACAUGGUGUUUUACAUUCACACAAACCUGCAGAAGGAGGUGGAUGCCCUCAUGAAACACUACCACAUCAAAGGGGGUUUCAGUCGCUACCACAGAAAAUAUAGUUUUGCAAAUCCAAGAAUUAUAGGAUUCUUCCAAGGUCAGCUGAAGAAACUGUUGGAUAAGUGGGAGACGUACAUAGAGAACUUCCGUAUGGAGAUGGAGGAGAUCUACUUCCCAGACACAGUGGAGGAGUGGAUGGAGGAGAAUGUCAACGCCAACAUGGAUCUACUGAGAGAGAAUGCCCGGGAUGCCGAGCGAAUCCUAAAACUGAACGGACAGCCCAAGUCACUGAAGACCUUAUAGUGACUGGUAUUGUACAGUCUCCAGACCUGAUGCCGUUGGGUUGUAAACUUUGCACAUAGUACCUGUUGAUGGUAUGUCUAAAGGAGUUUUUCAAGACCGUGCGACUUGACCAGGAAAUACUCUGGACCAUAGUUAUGCCGGUGCUAGUUGUAGCCUGUAACUAGGGUCCACAAUUUGGCUCUCUGGCUUUACAAGCCAUUAACUGUUUGAUUGUGCUGAAUAGUAACGUGUCACAUGGCUCAUAUUUACAUUGCAAAUCAUGCUCUUUGUAUACAGUAUAAGUAGCAGAAUCUGCACUGAAUCUGUUUCUUUGUAUGUUUGUUUGUU